UCAGUUCCUUCGCGAUCCCCAAAGUGGACUGUACAUCACCUCAACAAAAUCAACCCUUUUUUCAAAGGGCGACAAUAAGGGAAUAACCUGUCAGUGCAGAAUGGUCCAGAUAUUGAUUCUUUCAUCAUUCCCGAAGGGCCAACACUCCGCGUCGUUGCCAAUUGGUUCCUUCUCAUCCAGCACCGUUGUGAGUUCUACCCCUCUCAGAAGAUCCCAUUCAUUGAAGAGUGAGCGUUAGAGUUGCUUGUCAACGUGCUCACGGCAUUUGAUAAAAGUCUUGCCGGUGCACCAGCAUCAAAAUGACGGUGAAUUUGGUUGACGAUGACUCGAAAACCAAUGAUGAGAUUACGCUUAAGCCGAAAAUGACCCUUAUAAAUGGGAUAACAGUGAUAGUAGGUUCUAUUAUAGGUUCAGGGAUUUUUGUGAGUCCUACCGGCGUUUUGAAGGAGACAGGCAGUGUGAAUGUUGCCCUCUUGGUAUGGAUAAUUUCGGGGUUGUUUUCGAUGGUGGGAGCCUACUGUUAUGCAGAGCUAGGAACCAUGAUCCGAAAGAGUGGAGCAGAUUACGCUUAUAUAAUGGAGACUUUCGGUCCUUUUAUGGCCUUCAUCAGGCUGUGGAUAGAGUGUAUGAUAGUUAGGCCUUGCUCUCAAGCUAUUGUAGCCUUAACCUUCAGCGUUUACGUCAUGAAGCCGUUUUUUCCAGAAUGUGAACCACCUAAUGAUGCUGCUAGAAUGUUGGCUGUAUGUUGUAUAUUGGUAUUGACAUUUGUUAAUUGCUACGAUGUGAAAUGGGCAACAAGGGUCCAAGAUGUUUUCACAUACGCUAAAUUACUGGCUUUAUUCAUCAUCAUAGGAGCUGGCAUUUACCAAUUAUACAAUGGUCAGACUCAACAUUUCACCUUUUUGAAUACAAAGACUGAAGUUACUUCGUUGGCAUUGUCCUUCUAUUCUGGGCUCUUUGCUUAUAAUGGAUGGAACUAUCUUAAUUUUAUCAUCGAGGAACUGAAAGACCCUGUGAGGAACUUGCCACUUGCCAUAGCCAUAUCUUGCACACUAGUAACAGUCGUUUACGUUCUGACUAAUGUAGCUUUUUACACGACUCUAUCACCGGAAGAAGUACUCGAAUCCGAGGCUGUAGCGGUAUCGUUUGCUAACAGACUAUUUGGACCAUUUGCAUGGACCAUACCAGUUUUUGUAGCACUCAGUACAUUUGGAGCUGUCAAUGGUAUUCUUCUCACAUCGUCGAGACUGUUUUACGCUGGAGCUUGCCAAGGACAGAUGCCAGAACUGCUGACUAUGAUCCAAGCUAAGACCUUAACACCAGCUCCAUCAGUUUUGGUCAUGGCAAUGCUUUCCAUGCUUUAUUUGACAGUCUCAGACAUAUAUGCCCUCAUCAACUACGUUGGUUUCUCCACAUGGCUCAGCAUAGGAGUGUCUGUGCUCUGCGUACCAUGGUUGAGGUGGAAACGUCCAGAUCUUGAGCGACCCAUCAAAGUUCACCUCAUCUGGCCCAUCCUUUACAUACUGGCGACCAUUUUCAUCACAGCGGUUCCCAUGGUGGCUAGUCCUGUUGAAACAGGCAUAGGGAUCCUGAUGAUACUCUCUUCUGUUCCUGUUUAUUUCGGUUUCGUUUAUUGGAAGAAUAAACCUUUAUGUUUCUUGAAAGUGAUCAACAGUACUACUGUGUUCUUACAAAAGAUCCUUCUAGUUGUUGGCAAGGCGAAGACUGCUCAGUUGUAAAGAUGGCGAUUAAUUGUUAUUGUGUUAUUGUUAUUGAAAUCUGAUGAUUGGGUGGGAAUCUUCAGAUGCGGGAUCGUAUACAAGGAAUUUUUUAUUCAGGGAUAAGUUAUUGAAUUGAUUUUGCAAUGAGUCAUAUUAAUGAAAAGAAGGACAACCAAGCAAAACAAAUUCUAUUUGUAUCAAAAUUAUUUCUAAUUCAAUCUGUAUCAAAAUUAAAGGCGAACAUUUUGCUUGAACGUAAAAGGUAAUCCAUAGAAAUUAUAGCAUUUGCUUAUAAGAGGAGAAAAUGGUUAUGAAAGUCACCAUUUACUUUUAGCAAAUCCUUCAACAAUGAUGCAUCUGUUUAAUGGCAGAUUAUUCGUUGAAGUAAAAGGAUGUGUUGUGGUUUGUAGUUCAAUAUGGCAGAUGUAGUGAACGUAAGAGAGGUCAAGUUUUACAAAGAGUGUAAAAUCUCACAGACCAUAGGCGUCAAAACAAUAUUUCGAUUUGAAUAAAAUAACGUACAAUGCUACAAUACUAUUAGGGGUAAAGAAAUGUUCACAGUAAAAAAUUUAAUUUAAAAAAUUCACAGUAAAAAAUGCGUUACGUGGCUGCUUACCUUUUGGCCUCUUAUGGCGGAAAAGUCAAUCCAACUGCUUCAGAUUUGGAAAAGAUAUUGAGCUCUCUGUUGGUAUUGAAUGCGACCUAGCUAAGGUCAAAAAAGUUAUUGCCGAGCUAAAUGGAAAGUCCAUUGAUGAAGUAAUUGCACAAGGACAGGGUAAACUUGCUAGUGUACCUUCUGGUGGUGCUGUUGCUGCUCCCACAGCUGACUCCAGUGGUGCUGCAGCCCCAGCUGCUGAAGAAAAGAAAGAAGAGAA